UUUUAUUGAUACAAAUAAUUAUACAUAGAGUUUUAAUUAAUAACUUUAAAAAAAAAAUGAUGAUGAAUGAAGAAAUUAAAGGAAUACCAUGUUUAGCAUUUUCAUCAGUAGUAACUCGUUCAUCUAGCGAUUUCGAUUCUGACCAUGGUAUCAAAAACUCAAUAUUAAAUUUUAAAUUUAGUAGAAAUACAAAGUGUGAUGGUUCAGAAGGAUGGAGAUCCGGAUCAAAUGAUAAAAACCAAUAUGUUAUUGCCGCAUCAAGUGGUAUUCAACGUUUCGUUGGUAUUUCAAUUCAAGGUAGAGGUGAUGCUGAUGAAUGGGUAUCUAGUUUCCUUAUUAGAUAUAGUUUAGAUAAUAAGAGAUGGUAUGAAUAUAAAAAUGGCCAAGUUUUCAAUGGUAACAUUGAUAGAAAUGGGGUUGUUAAUAUUAAAUUCGAACCAGCUAUCAUUGCUAAAACAAUAUCGUUACAUCCAAUAACCUGGAAUAACCAUAUCAGUCUUAGAUGGGAACUCUAUACCGAUGAUGAAGUAUGUUCAUUCCCACAAAUUCAAAUGGGUAAUGUUUCAAUUGGUGACAAGACAUUAUCAAACAACAAAGGUCCAAUAGAAUAUAGCCGUUGUGUUACUUUUGACAAGCCAUUCGUCGGUGCUCCAUGUGUUUCAUUGGGUAUAAAGUAUUUCGACUUUUCCAAAGAAAGUGGUCAAAAUCGUUGUGCAGUUGAGGCUAAAAAUAUCACCAAUAAAGGUUUUGAAGUGAUAUUUAAACGUUUCUCAAAUGACAAUUUAAUUAAUGACUGUUCCAUUGACUUUGUUGCUUUUUGGAAAGGAGAUGACUAUAUCCCAUCUGAUAACGAGUUUAAAAAUCCUUCAUUGUUUUUAUAUAAUAAAAAAUAAAUAAAAUAAUCCAAUCAUUUUUAUUAAUAUUGACCUAAAAGAGUAUUUAAAUAAAUAAAAAAUGCAUUUUUAAC